AUGGAUUAUGAACAACUUGGUAACGGUGAACUCUAUAAAACGCCGUUAAUAUCCGAUGCUGCUCCAUCUCUAUCAUCUAAAACACCAAUCGGACAUGUGGUUAGCAAUCCGAUUGAUGAAUGCCAGAUUUCUCCAUUCUUUUCCUCGUCAACGCGUGAUAGUGGUUGUUAUUCGAGUACCCCAGCAGAAGAAUGGCAUUUGAUGCAACCACACCUGCUAGUGACAAAUCAUCAUCAAAAUAAACAACAAGAGCAAACACAACAACAACAACAAGACCAAAGUAAACUAUUCUUACAUUCAACUCAUCCAACGUCAAGUCGCCGGUAUUCAACGGAAAGUGAACCAUUUGAUAAAGUUGUUAUUAACGUAAGUGGCUUACGUUUUGAAGUACGUGCAUCAACAUUACAUCGUUUCCCGAAUACAUUAUUGGGUGAUAAACAACGCCGUGCAGAUUUCUUUGACUAUAUGAAUAAUGAAUACUUUUUCGAGCGGCAUCGUUCAUCAUUCGAAGCUAUUCUUUACUUUUAUCAAAGCGGUGGACGUCUGACACGACCUGAAAAUAUUUCGGCGGAAAUCUUCUUAGAAGAAAUUAAGUUUUUCGAUCUUGGUGAUGAAAUCCUUAAACGCUAUCGUAAGCAGGAAGGUUAUGUGGAAGAAAUCCCUAUUGAACGGCCAGUUAAUUACUAUCAAAGGAAAGUGUGGGAAGCAUUUGAAUGUCCGGAAUCAUCAAAUUUAGCACGAAUCAUUGCCAUUGUAUCGAUCGUGAUGAUUGUGGUCUCGAUCGCGUCAUUUAUUAUUGAAACUCUUCCAUCGAUAAGAAAUGAAAUGACAGCGCCGACUGUGUUCGUUCCAAGUAAUACAAGUAAUACUGGAUAUGAAAUUCAACAUGGCGGAGAAACGACUUGUUUCUGGAUAUUCUUUGCUAUCGAAACGGUUUGCGUCACAUGGUUUUGCCUAGAAUUAAUCGCGCGAUUUCUUGUUGCACCGUCCAAGUUUGCUUUUAUUAAGAAUGGACCAAAUAUUAUCGAUGUCGUUUCGAUCAUCCCAUAUUUUCUACAAUUAGUUGGCCUAUUUUAUCAAAAGAAAGAUAGUGGCGUAUCGGGAUUCUCAUCUACGUUAACUGUACUAAGGAUCGUUCGGCUUGUUCGUGUGUUUCGAAUUUUCAAACUAUCUCGACAUUUUAAGGGUUUACAAGUCUUAGCGUUAACCUUUUUGGCAUCUUGGAAAGAAUUACUUCUUCUAAUGUUUUUUCUCUUUAUUAUUGUUGUUGUUUUUUCGUCAUUUAUGUAUUUUGUCGAAGCAGAUUAUAGCAAUGCUCCACCAACAAAAUUACCACCGGCAACAUUGCUAACAUCAGCAUCAACAUUAGCAUCAACAACUGUACAAAAUCUUGCAACUCUUGAUGCGAAUCAACAAUUAUCAACGCAACCUCCCAAUCAGUUCUCUUCGAUUCCUCAUUCAUUCUGGUUCGCUAUUAUCACGAUGACCACAGUUGGAUAUGGUGAUUAUGUUCCUCGAACCAAUCUCGGUAAAGUUAUUGGUGCCAUUUGUGCAUUAACCGGUGUCUUAACUAUUGCAUUACCAGUGCCAAUUAUUGUUUCAAAUUUCACAUAUUUCUAUCAACGACAGAUGGAAGAUAACGAACGGCAAUAUCAAGCGAGUCAACGUGCACACGGCAACCAUAAUCAGGACAAAAAUCAAUUAGGUCUCAAUAAUGACAAAGAUCACGGACCUGAAUAUAAUGAAUGGGAAACAAUACUUAAUGAACCUGAUUAUUCCGAUUAUCGAGAUAUAACACAUGCAGUAACAAAACGACUAGUGCGUAAUGCAUAUUUCAAAGCCUUUCGUGGAUCAAAGAAGAUUUCUCCUGCGAUGAGAUACCAAAGUUUACCACCAUCGUCACCACCAAUGCAUAGAAUCUAUCACACUGAUGAUGAUUAUCGUACACGCGAAAGUGAUUUGGAAAAAGUUUCUCUUCUGCAUUAA